GUGGGAUCCGGAGCGACGGGGUGAAGGACAGCGACUCGGGGUUCCAGCCCGGGACCUGGGAUUGGGAACCUGCGCGAAGUCCCUCUUAGACGCCUGGCCAGGUCCCUGGUCGCAGGGUCGCAGGUGCCGUCUUCGGCCCCAAGAUGCGGUAGAAAUUGAAGCCCCGGAGAAGUCCUGCCCUUGGCGCCACCAAUCGUCGCCCAAGCUCAUGGCGACCCCAGGCCUGCGGCGGCUGCUCUUGGCAUUUGGUCUACCGAUGCUGCCAGCCGGCUGGAGCCAAACAACAUUGGACUCUUUCCCAAGUAACGUGACUCUACCCCCAGACUCUGGUUCCAGUGGGGGCCUGUCUUCAGAGGCCGUUGUAGCCAUCAGUGUGGUCUUCUCCAUCCUGGGGGUCAUCAUCCUAGCAGUGCUGCUGUUCCUGCUGAUUCGGAAACUUCGAGAAAAGCGCCAGACAGAGGGCACCUACCGGCCCAGCAGUGAGGAGCAGUUUUCCCACGCAGCAGCUGAGGCCCGGGCCCCCCAGGACUCGAAGGAGCCAGUGCGGGGCUGCCUGCCCAUCUAGCUCCUCCCCCAUUUCCCUGUCAUCCAUCUUCCUACCCUGGGAAAAGGAAGCGCCCUCUCUGGGCGAUCAGACUCGCCCAAUGCUUAAGGAUAGAAGGGAAGAAAGUUCUUCAAAGACCUUGGCUUUCAGGGCAAGGGAAGAUGGGGGCUGCUCACUUUUUAUAUAUUUAUAUGAAAUUGAUAGUAAGGUAUAAUAAUAAAGUGUUUUUUUUCUUA